AUAGUAUUUGGCAUUCUACACACGAUAGUAGGUCUUUUCUCCUGUGCCAGUGAACUCAACACUCAAGAAUACUUUCUUCCAUUCAUUUCGGUUUAUUUUUUUUUCUUCUUCUUUUCACUCAUCCGAUUUGUGUUUGCUUUGCAAUUGUUGGUCAAUAUUCUUCAUUUUGCAUCAAUGAAAAGGUGAAUUGAAUCAAAACGAGCGGUAAUUUUGUUUGUAGCGAGAGAAAAAAAAAAUGAAUAGUUGAAGGCAUAAAUAGUGGUCUUACUGACUACUAUUGGUUUGGUGUUCGAAUUAGAAAAGUGAUUGGUGGAAUUCAACUGGAAUUUUUAAUGAGUGAUAAAAGUCAAUGUGUGUAUGUGUGAUGAAAGUGGGAUUUCUUACAUAAAAAUCAAAUCUCUGCAUAAAAAUCCCAUUUCGUUCCGUGCUAUAAAUUUUCGAUGCAGAUAUUUUGAUGAAAGAAAUAAAGAAAAAAAUCGCCAUGAAUAUUCGCUUAUUAAUUAUUUGGUCAUUCUCCCUAUCGCGUAAAUCCGAUUCGAGACUGUUGUGAGACAAGUCGCAAGAGGAACAGAAAAGAACAUAUACACAGUAUCAACGAAACGGCGGAAAGAAAAUGAAGAAAAAAAAUGACAGGUCUGUGUAGUGUUUAGAGCAAGGUUUAGAGUGAGCAUACGUCCCUUGUAAUUGGCUAACGACAAGAGCAACAACAGCAGCAAAAAUAUGCAAAAUCCAAACAUUUCAAAUGCCAGCCACUCGACGAAUAGAAGUCAGACUAAUUUGCUUGAUGCACGGUCUCUAUCGCCCAGCGUACACAUGAUGCACAAUUUGCACGACGUUUACCCAGCUGAUAUGCCUCAGCAGCAAUUUUAUCAUUCCAUGCCUCAUGCACAGAAACCAUCUAUGUCUAACAUCCACACCGGCAAUCCACCCCAUAAUCGCACGAUGUCUUCAAUAAUGAAUCGAAUUGCUGCACCCAAUCUGAAUCCACCGAUGCAAUUGCCGUCUUCCACAGCUACCAGCAACGAAUUUACCGAACAAUACAAUCGGCUGCAGCAGGCGAGAAUGGAACAACAAAUGAAAACUCACAAUGAGGCCAUGGCACGAAAGCAACAAACAUUUGCAAUGCGUCAGGCAUUGAAUCCACCGCCAAUGUCACGCCAAGUGUCGGCCAUAAAUAUUCAUCAACAAGUCAAUACAUCUACACAAACCACCCCAAAUACACAACAUCCACAAUCAAUUCAAGGUUCAUCCACGAUAAAUAAUCCAUUCGGUGUUGAUCAUUUCCAUCAGCAUCACAGCACAGGCAGUCCAAAACAUUUCAACCAUAUGGAGAAACCGAAUUAUUUGCAGUUACAGCAGGAGAAUCAAAAAUUGAUUCAAUCGCUUCGCAAUGAUUAUAAGCUGAAAUCUCAAGAGCAGCAGCUACAACAGCACGCAAGUCAAAGGAAAUCAACAAAUCCGUUCAUACAGUCGGGUGAAAUUGAAAACGAUACUCGCGGCGAUAGCGGUGCUCAAAGUCCAGUUCACCAGAUACUUGUCUAUAACAAAGAGCCUAGUUCAUCGUCAGCCACAUCAACGCCGACGAAAUUAUUAAAAUCGCCGAAAACUAAACGCCAACCAACAUCGUUGGUCACGUUCUCGGGCUGGCUAUACAAACAAGGCUCCGAAGGAUUAAGAACCUGGCGACGUCGAUGGUUUGUCUUAUCGGAUUAUUGCUUGUUCUAUUAUAAAGGACCUGAAGAGGAGAAAUUAUUGGGUUCGAUUUUGCUGCCGUCAUAUGUUUUGUCUGAAUGUAUACCGUCGGACAGUAAGACCUACAGAAAAUACUCAUUCAAAUUGGAGCAUAAAAAUAUGCGAACAUAUUAUUUGGCUAGUGAGAAUGGAGAUUAUAUGAGGAAAUGGAUGCGAGUCAUACGGGCGGCAACGCUCAUGCAAAAUUUCAAUGAAAUCCAAACUAGGCAAAUGCUUGCCACAUCCGUACCAAUCAGUACAAACAGCUAUGAACCGAACAUGGGCUACAAUCGGUACGAUCAGUAUCGAAGUGAGCAAAAUCAACGCAGCAAAGUUGACAUUCAUCCAUCGCUUAAUCCAUUCUUGAUUUUUGAUGAAGAUAAUGAAAGGCAACCGUUAUACGUAAAUGCGCCACCAAAACCGCGUCGCACUCAUAACGAAAUGGAAUUGUCAAUGUUCGGAAAUGAUCCGGCAGUGUUCCCGAUGAGUUCGGAAGCAUCGACCGAUACAACGCCAAAAGGCUUGCCACUUCGAAUGCUGGAAUAUGAGGACAUUUACAAUGAACAAGGACGGCACAGCAGAAAUAACACCAUUAACUUCACAGAAAACCCCGAUCAUCAUUUGACAAACAUUCAAAGCUACGAGGUGGAAAAUGUAUCGGCUGCUUACAAUAACGAAUAUGGUCCGCCAAGAGGCAAGAAAACGUAUCAACCGAAAAAGCAACCACCGCGGCCACGUUCGGCCGAUUUCUUGGAGUAUGAAUCGAAACGGCACUUCCGUCGCUUCAAGGAUUUCGAAAAUUCUGGUCAUUUUGCUGAACGAAUGCCGUCACGCCCGAAGUCUAGUCUUGAUAUUAACAGCGCAAUGGAUAAUUACUAUUAUUCCGAAGCUAGCUAUGCCGCCAAGAUGCGACAGAGUGCACAAUACUUACAAAAUCGUAAUAUGAUGUCGACUAGGCGGGAAGACACUCGAUUGAAUACACUGCGUUAUGAAAAUGAGCGAAAGAGGCUAACACAUGAAUUUAAUAACUACACCGCUAAUUUGAUAUUGAACAACGGAUUAACAUUGCCCAGAUCGAAGUAUAUGUCGAACAAUGAUCCAUUUCAAUUUUCAUCGCUGAUGCAAAGCAGCGAACCAACUGAUUCUGCUUCUUUCAGCACGGAUAGCCGAUAUUUGAUGAAGAACUCGGAAAGCAAUUUAAUGGAACAAUACAGAUCGAAUGAUAUGAUAAGCGGCAAAACGAGCUCGAUGUCUAUUCGCGACGACCUACAAAGCAGCAAUGCUAACAUUUGGCAACCUGAUAUAUCGGCUGGAACAUUGCUUAGCAAGACACAUGAAGAACUUGUACUUUUGUUGAUCCAACUUCGACGCCAAGCCGAUAUCAAGGAAAGAGGAAUUGAUCGACGGUCAAAAGAUAUGCAAGCGAUUCAGCGCCGCUUGAAAAGCGAGGAAGCAACUGGCAUGAGAUUAGAGCUUAUGGGUCGUUUAGAAGUUUUGCGUGAGGAAGUGAAUAAAAUGGAACAGCAAUUCGAAAAGACGAAGCCAUUGGUGAAUUUGGUGGAUAACAUGGUUAAGCUUGGCUCAUUGUAUCGAGCUGGCAGCAUCCAAUGGGAUACCAGUUCAAUGCGAUCGGGAAUGACUUUACAACGAUUGCGGGUCAAUCAGAAAGAACUGGAGCGUCGACUGCAAUUGGAUGAUCAAAAACAAUGGAACAAAAUCGAUCCAACUCAAAUUGAACUGCAAAACAAAGUUCAGCAACUAUAUGAACUGGAUCAACUGUUGCACGAGGAAUCGAACAAUUUGCAAAUGCUGCAGCAAGACAAAGAUGAAAUUGAGGGUGCUCUUGAUGAACUCAAUCAUAGAUUCGCCACAAACGAUAUGUUACCAGAAAACUACAUGACUUCAAAGAAGAUACAGCAUUCAUUAGAAUUGGAAUUGUCCAAAGUCCACAGUCAGCUUGCCGAACACUCACGACGCCUGGAGGAGACUGUAGCGGCCAAUACAAAACUCGAACGGGAAUUAUUGAUGUUGCGUCAAAAGUUGCAGGCGUCUCGUGAAAAGAGUUCGGGCCAAUUGAGUUACAUGAGUGUGAUGGGUAAUUCGCGAACGGCGGACGCAUUUGAAUCGGAGCUGCGAAAAGUACGAGAUUCGGUGGGCGACACCAAGCGACAGCGUGAGGAAUUGAGCAUGGCUGUUAGUCAACUGACAUUGGACUCGAAUGCAACGCAUGAUCGAUUACGUACAUCGAGCAAAGACCAUUCAUACAAAUUGAAUACGAAUAAGCGCUGCGAUUCCGAUUGGACUGAAACCGAUUUGGAUUCAACGCACAGGAAAAAUGCGAAGAAUCUCAACGGGGGCCUAUCCAGUUCAUCGUCAUAUGAGCAAACAUAUCGAAAUGAAAACGAACCAUAUUACUACCAAUAUCAACAGCAACAAAAUGCAGACGAUUUGAAUACUGACGACCACUGGCAGGGCAAUGACAAACAAGAAAUAAAAACGGUUCGCAUUGUGAAACGCGAAUCGGAACGACGACACCGUGACAAGGAUAAACUCAAUCAAAAUUAUGACACAAAAGAUUUCCACAAUCCGGAUGAACUGAACGAUUUUCUGUCAACAUAUCAAUCUGAACCAAGAACAACAAAUCAUUUCUAUGAAGACGAACCGUCCGCUGCGAAAGCAAAGUCGACAAUAAGGAAUGCAGCGCAUUCCAUGGCUAACACCAAUUCCACAGUGCGUAAUGACAAUAUUUUCCAUAGCAAUACAGCCCGUGAAAUUUUCAAUGAACAUGACGGCAAUACGAAAACCACUGCUAAGGAACAUCAAACACCAACGAAAACACCAGCAGCCUCAUCCGGUACCGCCUCAAAUAAUCAAAGUAGUCAGUACAAACGAUUUACACCACGCAAAAAGAAACGCCAUAACACUGCACCGACCAGCGAAAACUUUAUGGACUAUAUGGCCGAACGCGAUUCGUAUAAAUAUAAUAAUCACCGAGCUCGAGACGAUCUAGACAUGGAAGUUGUGCUACGAUCAAAUCCACCGGUGGAAAAUGCCAUAUCUGGGCCGCCAGACGUCAUUCGUUCGGCGCUUGGUCAAAAAAAUGAAUAUCUCUUUGAUAAAAUGAAUUAGAUAAAUUCGCCGAUGACUUUACUAACACACUAAUCACCGCUUUACAUAUCCAUUUAAUGUCAAAUUAAUACCUAAAGUGAACCUAAACAUAAAAAAUAACACACACACACAUACACAUCCCUACGCGUGGAUUGAAUUACGUAAAUGUAUGAACAACAAUUAUGUAGUCAAUAUGGAACCACACACUAUUAUGCAUAUUAUGCAAACGAAACAAGGUAGUUCAAAUCAAUUAUAUCCCAUUUUAUUGGUUAGUAGUAUUUAGGCAUUAUACCAUUCGGCAUAGCAAAAUAAAUUUAACUUACAUUUUAGCCUAAAAAUGAUUGUUCAUGGCUUAACAAAGGCAUUGGCACAUACACAUCCAUAUAUGCAUUAAAAUCAUUUAUUUUUAUCGACUACUAUUAUUGAUAUCAUUAUGACAGAAAACAAAUCAUUGAUCGCUUAUAUUUUCGAACAUCCAGUGACUGAAGAAAUUGUUUAAUUUAUUUAGAGUUUUUAUCAAGUACAGAGCAUUUAUGUGUAAAUACUGGUGCAAACCCCAUUUGUGAGUUAUGUGCGAGCAUUAUACAGCUCGACUCAUGAAAGGAUCGUUAUUCGAUCAAAUAUAUCAUUUCAUUGUAUGUUUCAUUGACUGUAUUGAAAGGUUGAAGGAAAUAUCAACGGCAUCCACUCUCUCUUGCACACACAUUGAGUGGCAAUUGCAUUGUUUGUUUCAAUAUACAAAUAUUAAAUAUACAUAUUACAUACAUAUUAAGCAAAGCCACUACGAACAUGAAUUCAAAACAUCUCCUAUUAGCUACAUAUUUUAACAGUGGCAUAUCAGCAUAACAUAAAAUAAAGCCAUAACAUAUAAGCAUCAAUAAGUGUGAAUCGCACAGACAAACACAUACACACUCAUUCACAAAAUUCACAAAUGAUACAAACAAAAAACAUGAUACUACUGUGUUUAAUUUUUUGGUAUAAAGACUUUCCACGAUUUUGAACGUGGUCCCAUACUAACUCGUAAAAUUUAUUGCAUUUAUGUUUUAUGAAAGCAUUUCAUAUAUCUAUAUACAAAACGCACGGCUUGAAGCAAUAUUGAGUUUGAAUAAAAAACAGAAGACAUUUUGCGAAAGAUAA